AUGAGACGUAUACUACGGCCCACCUACCCCUGCGCUUAUACACUCAAACCUGACGAAUGAGAGAAUCAAAUAACCAACCAUGGUGGAUAACCUCAACCCGAGCUCUCCUGUCUGAGACACUCAUUCCUGACACUAUCACAUCUGAAACAUACAGCCUUAAAAUAGCAGGACGCACGAUCACGAGAAUGUUUAGCAGAACGCUGCUUAUCAUCGUCUGUCUUCAUCUCUGUGCAGGCAUUGGACAUGCUGAAACAUGUAAACCGGUUGAAUGUUUGAACUGUUCUCAACCUCUAGGUAGAAAUACAACACAAGCGUGUCCACUGUGCCAAUCCAAUUCACUUAACUGCACCAACGAUGUCCUGCAAAACUGCACGAUAAAAGAUUUUAAUGUGAACGUAUACACGUCUUCCACCAAAGUUCCAGAGGGUACAACCGUGACUGUUAACUGCACUCAUGACGUUCCCAACGGCUCCAUCAGCUGGCUAAAGGACAAUCAAUUACAGGAAAAAGAAAUUAAAUUAUUAUUAUUUAAAAUCAAGAACAUUCUAAAAACCUCAGUCAUCAGCUGCAAGGUUGAUAGUAGUUGUGGGAACUACAACUCUACUAUAACAAUUGAUGUAGAAGCUGCUAAUAAUUUGCUGGUUUUACUGAUUUGUGUCGGAGCAGCAGCUACUCUCCUCAUGCUGUUUGCAAUAGUCAUGAAGAUCGCGCUCAAGAGAGGACAAGCUCAGAGUCAGGCCAGGAAGAGACAAAGACAGCAGAACCUGGAGAACAUCCACAGCACUGUGAACACCGUCACCAGCUACUACUGAGAGAGAGCGUUUCCCCCGGAGCUCCUGAUCCAGAGACGUUUCAAUUCUACACUCCAAAAAUAUUUAGACCUAUAUUUAGGAUUUAGGUUUUUGAAUUGCAUAUUAAAUUUCCAUCCAUUUGGAGCACACAAUUUUAACAUAAACUAAUAAUUGAGCUUUUAAAAUGAACUCUAUGAACUUCAUAUACAAUUCAAAUCAAUUUUGUUUACAUAUUAUCAUUGAAUGAUUUCGUGUGAAGUUGACUCGCUGGAUAUAUGGCUAAGGAAUGCAAUGGCAUGUUUUUUUUUUAAACAAGUUUAACUUGUUAGGUCAUCCUAAAAACACAUGCAGAAAUGGCCAAUGUGAAAUACAGAGAUCAUCCACAGUAGUCAGUGAAAACAGCAAACCAAGGAAGAUUCGUUUUUCCACUGUUUUGGGUGCAAACACUUCAUAAUAAGGUUCCAAUUGUUAAUUUUAGUUUACUACAUUAGUUAGCACUGAAAAAUACUUUUAUUUAAGCAUUUAUACAAUUUUCUAAUACACAAUUAACAUUAACAAAAGUUGUAUCUAUUAAUGUUAUUGAAUUGACCUGAGCUAACAUGGACUAACAAUGGACAUUGUAUUUUUAUUAACUAAUUUUAACAAAGAUGAAUAAAUACUGUAACAUUGUAUUGCAUGUUGUUAGUUAAUGUUAGUUAAUGCAUUAUAGUUAACAAAUGAAACCUUAUUGUAAAGUGUUACCUCGUUUUCUUGUGUUGCACAACUCAUUUUUUUCUAGGUACAUGUAUAAUUAAUUUCUCUUCUACCUUAUUUUGAUUUAUAUUUUGUUUUAUUGGCUCUUUAUUGCACAUUCCACAUUGUAAAUGUCUUGUAUUUUUACCGUUCCAAAGGAGUGUGUCACUUUACGUACUUAUUUACUAUUCUAUGCAGUUUUGCAGUAUAAAUAACGCUGAAAAUUUGAAAAGAAAAAGUGUGCUUCAAAUGCACAGAUGAUGCACUCGAUUUACCAAAAAAUGUCACUCAAAUGUUAGCUUUAAUUACAUAGUGGAGGGGGAGGAGCUAUCAGACAAAAUAACCUUAUUCAUACAUUAGGCUGAGUAAAAUAAAUGUAUGGGGUAUAGUGCAUUAUUUUUUGUGUUAUGAGUUAAACUACAGUAUACUGUGUAGUUUUUAUCUUAGUCCAUUAAAGUCUAAUAUUUGCACAAUA